AUGUUCAAAUUGUAAGUUUGUUGUUCAAGUCUGACUAAUCUUCUUCGAUUUUUCAGAAUUUGUUUGGCUGUUUUGGUGAGCGCUGCUGUCGCUCAAUACUCGGUAAGUUCAAGGGCAACAUUGAAACGUAUCAGUUCGCCGUAACCUAUUUGAGAAAAGUAAAACUAUGAAAAGAUAAAAGCUGAACUUGAUACCUACUUUUUUUCCAAAUUUUAACCUACUUUUUAAGCAGCAAGGGUACGGUAGCUAUGGAACCAGCAACUAUGGAACUUACUCCCAGAAUCCUCAAUACUCCGCCUCAGGCUAUAACAGUCAAUACAACCCCUACUGCGACCCCUCAUACUUUGGAGGAUCCAACAGCGGCUACGGACAACAAUACGGCGGACAGUCGCAAUAUGGAGCCUCCUCCGGAUAUGGCGGACAAUAUGGCUCCAGUUACGGCCAACAGUACAACCCAUCAUCGUACUCGAGCAGCUACAGAGGACGCCGAAUGGCUGGCCCACCCGGACUGGUCUAUGUUUAG